GCUGCCACACGUCACUGCGGCGUGACGUCACUAUGCGGAAACGCUGGCUGUCACAUCACAGUGCAGCUACAGUACAUCACCGUCAGCACACUGAGCGGUGGCCGGGGCGGCAGUGUUCCCCGUCCUGUGUGCGAGCAGCCUGGGGGGAGCUCAGCCUCAGUAUGCGGCUGUCGGUUGCGUUCAGCUGAUUUACGGUUGCUGCUGCUGACAGUGACACAGAGGAUCAUUCGGCAGACCAGUCAGACGAUCCUGGUGACACCCAACCAAACACCAUGGAUCUAAAGUUUAACAAUUCAAGGAAGUAUAUAUCCAUCAGUAUUCCUUCAAAGACUGAGACAAUGUCUCCUCAUAUCAAGUCUGUCGAUGAUAUCCGGGUGCUUGGUAUCAAUCUCAGCCAGUUCCAGAAAUCGGUGCAAUUUUUCAUUUGUGUUACUGGAGUGUUUGUGUUUUAUUUAAUUUAUGGAUAUUUACAGGAAUUAAUAUUCUCUGUCGAAGGUUUUAAACCAUUUGGUUGGUACUUGACAUUAGUGCAGUUUGGAUUUUAUUCCGUAUUUGGACUAAUCGAAUUACAGUUGACACAAGACAAACGCAGGAGGCUGCCGGUAAAAACUUAUAUUAUAAUAGCUUUCCUUACAGUGGGCACAAUGGGUCUUUCAAACACUUCCCUUGGAUAUCUGAAUUAUCCUACUCAGGUUAUUUUCAAAUGCUGUAAACUGAUUCCUGUAAUGAUUGGUGGAGUAUUCAUUCAAGGAAAGCGAUAUAAUGCUGUGGAUGUGACUGCGGCUGUGUGCAUGAGCAUUGGUCUCAUAUGGUUUACACUGGCUGACAGUACAGUUGCACCAAACUUCAAUGUCACUGGUGUGCUGCUCAUCUCCCUUGCUCUUUGUGCUGAUGCUGUUAUAGGAAAUGUACAAGAAAAGGCUAUGAAACUACACAAUGGAUCUAAUUCAGAAAUGGUUCUGUAUUCAUAUUCCAUAGGAUUUGUUUACAUUUUACUGGGCCUGGCCAUUACCAGCGGAUUGACUCCGGCUAUAGCAUUCUGUUCCAAGAAUUCAUUACAGACAUAUGGAUAUGCAUUCCUUUUCUCCCUCACCGGGUAUUUUGGGAUUUCUUUUGUACUUGCAUUGAUUAAACUCUUUGGCGCUCUUCUUGCAGUAACAGUAACAACGGGAAGAAAGGCGAUGACCAUUGUGCUAUCUUUCUUAUUUUUUGCAAAACCCUUCACUUUCCAAUAUAUAUGGGCUGGAUUAUUAGUUGUCUUUGGAAUAUUUUUAAAUGUUUAUAGCAAGAAUAUGGACAAAAUGAAACUAUCCCAGCUGUACAAUAUUCUGAAGAAAAAAGGCACAGAAGUAAAAUCAAGGACGUUUUCACAGACUGUAUAAUUUAUUUUAAUUUACAUUUUCUUAACUGUUGAAUCAUUAAAUGAUUAUAUUUUUUCAAAGGACAGCUGAUACACUAAAGAGGAGGUGAAGGCAUAUUGCCUGUUUUGUUACUGCUGAGGUGUAAGCCAAGGAAGCGUAUUCACCACUUCUCUCACCACUUGACAGGAUGUGACACAAUGUGGUGACUUCUAAUAAACUAUAGUAUUGGGAGUCUUGUGUGGCCUCUCUGAUAGAGACAUACACACUAGGGGACCUUUUUAUGGCAUUUUCAUUUUAUUGUUCUUAUGUUAAUAUAGAAUAAGGGAAUAAUCAGUGUUCAGAUGCCAAAUUGCCAGUAUCUUUAGAUUGCGAACACCUUGUAUCAAAUCAGUGAGGUAAGUCACGUGGACUGUAUUGGUUUUGCAAAUGAGACCUUUUUUACCAAUGAAAUCUUUCAUCUAAAAACCUGAUUCUUUGAUUGCUGUGCAAGUUGUACAUGCAGUGCACCAUUAUAUGAGGAGAGCAGAUAGACCUUGCCUUAUUGACACCUGAUUGUAACCAUACCUCCCAACAUGUCAAUCUCCAGGAGGGACACAAUGCUCUGUUCCUGGACUUCCCUCUUAAUGUAUGAUUGCCAACACCUGUGGUGAAGCACCUUUCUUAUCCAUUAACCCACAGGUUCCCAAACUGUGUGCCGUGGCUCCUUGGGGUGCCUCGGGACACUUGCAGGGGUGACCUGGGUUGGUGAUCAAGGACCAAUUCAAAUUAUUCAUGGUCAAUAUAAUAGGUAAACCAGUGCUGGUGGCUGCCAGUCAUAAAAUAUGUGGCCAAACAGAAGCAAAUCUUGUCCCUCACCACACACCUGACCCUAAGGAUGACAUAUAAACAUGAUCUACUUAAUGUAAUAUUUCUUUCUACAUUUCUCAAUAAGACAUUUUUGGCCUAGGGGUGCCGUGAAAAAAAUUCUGAUAUUCUAGGGCGCCGUGAUUCAAAAAAGUUUGGAAACCACUGCAUUAACCUGUUCAAAACAGGUGCCGGCAAUCAUAAAUUAGGAGAAAAGUCCAGAUGCAGAGCAUUGUGUCCCUCGUGGAGAGGGUCAUGUUGGGAGGUACAGUAUGUUGUAACUAUUAUUUGCAGAUGUAAGAGGAAGGCUUUUUUGCACCUCGUUUUACAUUUAUUUCAUUCCCAUGUUAUUUUGUGUAUUGUAAUAUAAUCCCCUAUAUGUUUCUUUGUAUGUGCAAUUCAAGUGCAAAAUUAUUUGUAAUGUGAUACAAUAUGAAAUGUGAUCUAAACCUGUUUACGUCUGAAUAUGAAUUAAAAACACUCCUCCAUACAGUUAUAGAUCUUCUCUUAAAACCUUCUGGAAGCUAAACAAUGGGCAGUGCUAUGAGCUGCAUAAGUAAUUAACUCACCAAACUGAAAGGCUGCAUUAGAAAUCUUCUAAACCAAAGCUCUUCUCUGUUUUCAGUUACUUUUAAUAUGAUCUCAUAAAACCUACCGAUGUUAAACAUCAAUUUAUGCAGUUUUUUUACAUUAAAAAUGUACAGUUUUUCUCUA